AUGGAUAAGACUAAAAUAUAUUUACCGGAAAAUGUAGUACUACCUUGUAAAUUAAAAUGGACUGUAGAUAACAAUACAGUAGUUAGCUCUAAUCAAAUAAUUGCUUUUAUAAUUGAAACAAAAAAUCAAGAUAUAAGUGGUGAUAAUAAUAUUAAUAAUAAUGAUACACUUCAUAACAAUGAAGGAACAAAUUCCUUAAAAAAUGAAAACUAUAUUGACAUUAACAAAGGGGAUAAUACUACUACAUACAGCAGUAAGCAUGAGCAUGUGUUUGAUAUGAAGAAUAUCCCUAUUUUUAAAUAUGACAAAACAAGUACCGAUUUAUAUGAAAGUUGCAUUAAUUUAUAUCGUACUGAUUUAAAUAAUAAAAAAAAUGAUAACUCAAGUGACCAUUCAAAUGACCAGGAAAAUUAUAAACCAGAUAAUAUUUAUAAUACAUUCAGUUGUUUAAGCAACACUCAAAAUAAUUGCUUAAACAAUGGUAAUAAUUUUCCUAACGAAAUGUAUAACAAAGGAGAAAAUGCCCCAAAUGAAAAUAAUAAUAACCUUGAAAAAUUACAUAUAAAUCUUAAUAACUCAAAAGACAAACAACUGAACAUAAAUGAUACAAUAAAAGAAAAAAAAAUUCUUAUAAAUUCUAUUCUGGAUGGAAGGAGAAAUUGUGAAAUAAAAAAAAAUAACUAUAUUCCCUUACGGAGUAAUUAUUGUGGUAGAAUAAAUAUUAUAAAAAGUAAUUCAAGUCCAGAAAAAGGGGAAUUUAUAUGUAUUAACGAUUCAAGUGAAGCAUUAUGUGAAAUAAAUGAUAUAAAAUGUAAACAUGAAGUAAUAUUCUCAGGUUUAUGUACCAAUUGCUUUUUAAGUCAGGAGGAAAUUGAAGCUAAUUAUAAUGUUAAUAAUAAUAAUAAAGAUGUAACUUAUGUUAUAUCCCCAGGUUUUUUAACAAAUAUAAAAGAUUUAUAUAUAAAUGCAGAGAAAGCUAUGGAGUUGGAAAAAGAAAGAAUAAAGAAUUUAAUUCAAAACAAAAAACUUUGCCUAGUUUUAGAUCUAGAUAAUACACUUCUACAUGCAUCAUUUUCUGUUCUAUCAGUUAAUGUGAAUAAUGAAGUAAUAGACAUUACCACUGAACUUGGUGAAGAAAUAGCAUCUGAAGAAAAUUCUGUACAAUCAAAAUAUAAUCAAGAUUUCCAAGGAAUAAGAUUUUUUGAUUAUGAAAAAAACAAAGAUUCGUUACUCCGUGGAAAGGCAAACAGUAAGAAAGAAGAUAAUGUAAACGCCAAAAAUUAUUUGGACGUUAAUGUUAGCAGUAGUAGCGGUAAUAGCAGUAGUAGCGGCACAAGUAGUAGUAGUAACACCAAUGAAAGAUCGGAUAACGCUGAAAUGCAUUCAUCUGAUAAAUCGACUGAUCGAACAAGCCAUCAAAACAAUGAAAUAAGUGACGAACACAUGUACUCCUUUUUUUACGGGAAAAAGGGAAAUGAACUGGAUGAGAACAACAAAUAUGAAGAUAUACAAUCAAGUUAUGAAAAUUAUUGCGAUUUUUUAACAAAAAUGAAUACAGUGAAUUUAUUUAAACAUAACGGAAAGUUUAUACACUACGAAGAUUUAAAGGACGAAAAUGUCAAAAAAAAAAUUGAAAAAAUAGAAUCAUGUAUAUUAAAAGUAAAUACAAAACAUCCAAAAGGAUCUUAUACUGUAUACUAUAAAUUAAGACCAGGGGUAAUUGAAUUUUUACAAAAAAUGAGUGAAAAAUUUGAAUUAUAUUUGUAUACUAUGGGAACAGCAGAACAUGCAAAAUCUUGCCUAUUCUUAUUAGAUCCUCUUAGAAAUUUUUUUGGAAAUAGAGUAUUUUCAAGAAAAGAUUGUGAAAAUGGUUUAAAACAUUUAAAUAGAAUUCUUCCUACUUAUCGUAGUAUAUCAAUUUGUGUUGAUGAUAGUGAUUAUAUAUGGAAAGAGAAUAGCUCAUGUAUUAAGGUACAUGCGUAUAACUAUUUUCCUGAAAUUAAUUUUUUUGAAGAUAUAAAAAGAAAACCCUAUUACUUGACAAAGUUUUUUGCUUUCGCUCAGUCUUUUUUAAAUUUCUCCACAAGUCUUUAUCGAUUUAUUAAUUUUAAAUGUAAUGAACAUGAAGAAAUGAAGAUGUAUGGAGGAGGAAAAUUGCGUGGUCCCACAAAUUCCCUUUCCAAUGUGAUGCUGAAUUUAGAAACAAAAGAGAAGCUAAAACAAAAUAAAAUGAAUGGAGGAGGAAUAGUUUGUAAAAAUGCAGAAACAGAUAACAAUAAAAACAUAAGUAGUACACAAUCGCAUCAGAUAAAUGAAAAUAAUUUUAGUGCAAAAGAUGCGCAAACAAAAAGUGUAAACAAUGAAAAUUCUUCAACUCUACAAAAUUAUAAUUUAAUAAAUGAGAGUAAUAAUAAUAAAGAAUCAGCACAACCAAGUGAAGAGAUUCUUAUUGAUGUCGACAAAGAAUUUCAAACAGACAGUGAACCUGAUGAACAAGCUAAUCCCAAUUUAAAUAAUUCCAAUCAGUUAAAUAAGCAAAGUGGUGAUAAUACGGUUGAUCCAAUCAUUGAUCAACCCAAUCAUAGUAUAGAUGAUAAUGAUAAUAUAUUAAAACAAAAUAAUAAUGAAUAUAAUGAAAACACACAAAUACAAAUUAGUGAAGAUGAAAAAGACAAUGUAAAUAAUAGAGAAAAACAUGUGAAUAAUAGUUAUAAAUUAUUUACAUGCAAUGAAAGUAGUAGUAAUCAGUUAAUAAGUAACAUGACUGAGAAUAAUAAUUCUGAUACUAUGAGUAAGAGUAAUUAUUUUAACAUAGACGAAAAAAGCAAUUCUUUUGUUAGUUCAGAUGGUUCAAAUGUUAAGGAAGAUAAUAGUUCAUUAUAUCAUAAUGACGAUGGAUCCUUUUCCCCUCCCGAUUGUGAAAAAUAUGAUCAUAUAGAAUUAGAAGUAGGUAAUAAUGGUACUGUAAAAAAUAAAUCAUCAUCCUUACAUAAUGAGAAAGGUACAAACUUUGAAGAAGAGGAAAAUACAAACAAGGAUACAAAUAAUAAUAAUAAUAGUGACAACGAUAACGACAAUGAUGAUGAUAUUGAUAAUGAUAAUGAUAAUGAUAAUGAUAAUGAUAACGAUAACGAUGACGAUAACGAUAAUGAUAACGAUAAUGAUAAUGAUAAUGACAGUGAAAAUGAUAGUAAUUCUGAAAAUGCAAAGGGAACAAAUGUUCGUAAAGAUAUAAAUAAAAAGAAACUUAAAAAAAAAAAAAAAUCCAAGAAAAAAAAAAAUACGAAAAAGGAAAGCACACAAAAGGAUAAUUCAAAGGCUAACAAUUUUGAUAUGAAGCUUUUAUUGGAAUCCUUAAAAAAGUAUUUAACUAUUGAAGACGAUAUUAUAUACAAGUAUAUAUCGAAAAAGAACUUUAAGAAAUAUGACGCUUAUGUGUUAAAAUUUAUGAAUAAUUAUAUUAAGGAAAAACGAUCUAAGGAAAGAAGUGAAGAAGAGGAAUCAAGAAGAGAGAGAAAAGUAAUAACAAUGCAAGAAAUAAAUGAAGCAGAACAUGAGGAAGGAGGGGAGGAGCACAUAGAUAAAAUUGAUUAUCAUGUGAAAGAAAUAGAUGAGGCAAAACAAGCAGAUACAGAUAAAAAUUGCCCUGAAAAUUUAAAUGAAGAAGAAAAGAAAAUAAAUAAGGAAAAAUCUUUUGAUCUUUUACAUUGGCCGAAUAUUUUUAAAAAGGUAGGAAAAAAAAUAAAAAAAACAAAAGUGAAAAAACGAAACCCGCAUGAUAAUAUAAAUAAGAAGGAUAAUUUAAACGUGGGAAGUUCAAAAGGGAGAAAUAAUUUUGGUGAAAAUUUUUCCACGAAUACAAAAAAUAAUGAAUUAUAUAAGGUAAUAAAAAAAACAAAUGAAAAUGUAUAUUAUGAAAGUUUUUUAAUACCAAAAAAUUUAAAAGAAUCAAAUUUUAGAGAUAAUGACAAACAGCUGUAUUACUUAACUACCCUUUUACAAGAAGUGCAUGAUAUUUUUUUUAAAAUUUUUGAUAAUUUCAAAACACAUAAAAUGAUUGAAAAGAAUGAAGAGGACCAGAUAUACAAUUAUUUUUUACGAUAUCCUGUCGUUAGAACAAUACUAAAAGAAUUACGCAAGCAAGUUCUAAAGGAUUGCGUCUUUAACGUAUCCUUAUUGCCCGUAGAAAUACAAAGAAGCGAUUUUAUGGAUUGUAUAUUGAAACUUGGGGGGACAAUAAAUAAUGAUAAAUAUACGCACGUAUUAACAAUAAAUAAUAUAGAAAAUGAUGAAAAUUAUAAAGAUUAUAAAGUAGUAAAUUUGAUGUGGUUUGAAAGAGCCAUAUAUACAUGGAAAAAUAUCGAUACAAAAUUUUACAACAUUAAUGCGUGGGAAAAAGCACACAGGAAUUUUUGGGACGUUAUUGAAUAUGAAGAGGAAAAAGAUGAAAUAAAUAAGUGA